AUGCCCGCAACACCACCUUCUCGACCCCUCUCACUCUUUUUCCUGCUACUCUGCCUUCCCGCGUUGUCCAUCCAAUCUAGCCUACCAGAGACAACGGCGACACGAAAGGACUCCGCACAUACUGGCUUGCGUGUCUCCAAACGGUCGUUUCUACCGUUAUCGUGGUCAUGGCCGUGGUCGCGGGGCCAGAAACGCGCAACAGAGCUGCCGGCGGGCUACUUCAACCCGCUCGAUGCAGGAGGGUCUUUCCUCACUAAAGCCCCCAACACUUUCCCUCCCUCCGGCGAACCACUGAAUAUCAUCAUUACGAGCCCCUCCACCCCUGCGGUCCUCGCGAACCAAGAGCAAGAUGGAGGUUUCCUUAACUACAUGCUAGGCAUUGGCUUCUCCGGCGAAUGUCUCGGUCAACACCAGGGCGACUCGCAGACGGCUGACCUGGGUGACGGGGAUGGCUACAAAAAUGAAACUGCUGUACUAAGAUGGAACUAUGGUGAUCCAGCCUUGGGGACGUGUACCGAAACGAUCAAGGGUGGCAACCAUUUUCGGUACUGGUACCAAAAUGGACCUAACGCCAACAGCAGCGCGAUAUUCCUCGCAACAUCGUACGAGAUGCCCAUUGCCCAGCAACACGAUAUCAUCCCUGAUGGAUAUAACCUUGGCCGUGACUGGCUCAUUGGAAAUAUAACACACUCCCCCAUUGACACGUACAACCUCACCAACACGAGUACCUUUACUGGGACAACGUCCUCCGCGGGCUAUGUCUACUCCUCGUCUAUCAGCUACGUCUCGGGUCUGCUGGCCAACUCGAGCAUCGGGGUCAACCAUAACAACACUGUGCCUGUCAAGGGGUUGAACGCAGUGGAUGGGCUGGUCGCGGUGGUGGAAGUCACGAUAACAACGAUACCCGCAAAUGCGACGAAGGGCAAGAGUGGGACAUGCAAGACCGUCAGUGUGGUCCCGCCGAGGAUAACGAGUGCUAUUGCUGGAAUAAUAAUUCUCUUCCUUGGUGCUCUGUCCCUAUAA